AUGGACAAAACAAACAGCGGGGUUGCUAUGGACUAUCACCAAGCUUAUCACACUAGUGACGAAACAAGCAGCAGCAAAAAAUUAGACACGGGAAGGGAGCAGAACAAGGAAGGGGACAUUCCAUACAAGGAAACAAGCGGUGGAGUAGAAUCUGUCGACCGUCCUCCAGCUCAGGGUCUGACAGAGCAGACGGACAGGAUUGCGGUGAACAAAAGUACUUUAGACCUUCACCUAACUACGCACACCGGAGAAAAGCCAUUUAUGUGUAAAGAGUGCGGGUACAGGACGGCUAACAGGACUUACCUAUCCGUACACAUGAGAUCACACACAGGUGUGAAACCCUAUAAAUGCGACCUGUGCGACUAUUCGGCUAAAACGAAAGGCCAUUUAGACGACCACAUGGCUAGACACACCGGAGAAAAACCCUACAUGUGUGGAGAGUGCGAAUACAGGACGGCUGAUAGAUCUGCCUUAACCGUACACAUGAGAAAGCAUACAGGUGUGAAACCCUAUAAAUGCGACCUGUGCGACUAUUCAGCUACACAGAAAGGCGAUUUAGACAAACACAUGACUACACACAGCGGAGAAAAACCCUACAUGUGUGGAGAGUGCGGAUACAGAACUGCUCGCAAGUCUGACUUAUCUCGACAUAUGAUGAAACAUACAGGAGAUAAACCUUACAAGUGUGACCAGUGCGACUAUUCUUCUACAGAUAAAGGGUGUUUAAAGAAACACACUGUCACGCACGCCCCUUAA